UUCCCGGCUCGCGCACACACCCUGCACGCGGAGGAGGCGGAGGACCGGUCCACCAUGGCAACCACCACCUGCACGCGCUUCACGGACGAAUACCAGCUGUACGAGGAGCUUGGCAAGGGAGCCUUUUCAGUGGUGCGCCGCUGUGUCAAGCUGUGCACGGGCCAAGAGUACGCCGCCAAAAUCAUCAACACCAAGAAGCUCUCGGCCAGAGACCAUCAGAAGCUGGAGAGAGAAGCCCGGAUCUGCAGACUGCUCAAGCAUCCCAACAUCGUUCGUCUCCAUGACAGUAUCUCCGAGGAGGGUUUCCACUACCUGCUGUUUGACCUGGUGACAGGAGGAGAGCUGUUUGAGGACAUUGUAGCGAGAGAGUACUACAGUGAAGCGGAUGCCAGCCAUUGCAUCCAGCAGAUCCUGGAGGCCGUGCUCCACUGCCAUCAGAUGGGGGUGGUCCACCGAGACCUCAAGCCGGAGAACCUGCUGCUGGCCAGCAAGUGUAAGAACGCAGCCGUCAAACUGGCCGACUUCGGCCUGGCCAUCGAGGUUCAGGGAGAUCAGCAGGCAUGGUUUGGAUUCGCAGGGACUCCUGGAUAUUUGUCCCCAGAGGUUCUGAGGAAGGAGGCGUACGGGAAGCCGGUGGAUAUCUGGGCCUGUGGUGUGAUCCUCUACAUCCUGCUGGUGGGCUACCCCCCCUUCUGGGACGAGGACCAGCACAAGCUGUACCAGCAGAUCAAGGCCGGAGCGUACGACUUCCCGUCCCCGGAGUGGGACACGGUGACCCCAGAGGCCAAAAACCUGAUCAACCAGAUGCUGACCAUCAACCCAGCCAAGAGAAUCACGGCGCAGGAGGCCCUGAAGCACCCCUGGGUCUGCCAACGCUCCACUGUGGCCUCCAUGAUGCACAGGCAGGAGACGGUCGAGUGCCUGAAGAAGUUCAACGCCAGAAGGAAACUCAAGGGGGCCAUCCUGACCACCAUGCUGGUCUCCAGGAACUUCUCUGUGGGCCGACAGACCACCGCCCCCGCCUCCGUCAGCGCGGUAGCAGGAACCACGGCGGGGAUCGUGGAGCAGGCCAAGAGCCUCCUCAACAAGAAGGCCGACGUCAAGCCACAGACAAACAGCAGCAGAAACAGUACAGUGACCAGCCCCAAGGGCACCGUGGGGUCAGCUGCUCUGGAGCCUCAGACUACUGUUAUCCAUAAUCCGGUAGAUGGGAUCAAGGAAUCGUCUGACAGCAGCAACACCACCAUCGAGGAUGAAGAUGUGAAAGCUCGCAAACAGGAGAUCAUCAAGAUCACGGAGCAGCUCAUCGAAGCCGUCAACAACGGAGACUUCGAGGCCUACGCGAAGAUCUGCGACCCUGGUCUGACCUCGUUUGAACCUGAGGGGCUCGGUAACCUGGUGGAGGGGAUGGACUUCCACAGAUUUUACUUUGACAACCUCCUCGCCAAGAACAGCAAACCCAUCCACACCACCAUCCUCAACCCCCACGUGCACAUGAUCGGGGACGACGCCGCCUGCAUCGCCUACAUCCGCCUCACGCAGUUUGUGGACGGGCAGGGCCGCACCCGGUCCAGCCAAUCAGAGGAGACCCGGGUGUGGCACCGCAGGGAGAGCCGGUGGCAGAACGUCCACUUCCACUGCUCAGGAGCUCCGGCCGCCCCGCUGCAGGGCUGAGACUCUGUGAGGAGGAGAGGAGGAGGAGGAGCGUGGGAAAAGAGGAGUGGACGAGCUGAGAGAGAGGAGCGGGUGGAUGGAGGGAGGCUGAAGUGACGGAGGGGGGGGUGGCUGUUCUCCUGCACUCCCCCCACCUCCACCCAGUCCCCUCUCUCCCAUCGGACUGUAACAGCGGCACUCCCACCGCCGUGACAGCAGCGCCACGGCGUCGUUCCCGAUUCGCUCCCACAUGGAGACUCUUUUAAAAACCCGCCCGGACUGCACCCCCUCCCGUCCCGACCCCACCCAAACCCCCCCACCCCCACCCAGCAGUCCCAUGUGGUGUUAUCCCAGCUGCAGUCCGUGGUCGAGCUCCCUCAGCUGUACAGUCCAUCUACUCGCUGUCUUCGUCCUCUCUUCUUUUUUCUAUGAUGAGCAUGAACCCCCCCAAUACCCCCCAACCCCCCACCCCCAUCCCGACUGAGCCCUGAAUCCCUUUUUCUCUGCACGACUGAAACUCUGCCUGAUGAAAACAACCAACCAAUUAUCCAGCCUUCCAACCAACCGAGCAACAAGAAAUCCAACCGCCCAUCCGACCGACGAUCCAACUAACCGACAACUAACCGUCCAACCAACAACCCAUCCAGCUAACCAGCCAGCUAUCCAACCAUCCAACCAACCAACCAACCAACCAACCAACCAACCAACCAUCCAACCAACCAACCAACCAACCAACCAACCAACCAACCAGCCAACCAACCAGGGAUCUCUGUAGACCCUCUGUGGACCCUAUGGACCCUCCCUGGACUGUGUGUAGAUCUGCUGGACCCUCUCUGGACCCUUUGUGGACCUUCUGGAUCCACUGUGGACCCUCUGAAGACCUCCUGGACCCUCUCUGAAACACUCUGUGGACCUUCUGGACGAUCUGUGGACCCUCCUUAGACCCUUUCUGGACCCUCUGUAGACCCCCUGGUCUUCUGUAGACCCUCCAGACCCUCUCUGAAACAGUCUGUCGACCUUCCGGUUCCACUGCAGACCCUCUGUAAACUCUCUCUGGACCCUCUGUAGACCCCCUGGACCUCUGUAGACCCACUGGACCCUUUCUAAAAGACUCUGUGGACCUUCUGGACCCUCACUCAUCCUCCACACUCGAGUUGACCCCUCAAACGGCUGAAAGCAUCGUGUCCUGCUGUCCGUGUAAAUUUCCCGUCUCGAUGUGGCGACUCGACUGCAUUUAAUGGUACUUUACUCACUGCAUGAUAAUCCGAGUUGAAUCUUUGGUAAUCUGGGUGUAUCUAACUCGUGCAUCUGUUUUUUUCUUACUUCUUCACUUUCUGUUUGGACUAAUCUGCUGGUGAGCUGUAACCUGUGGCCUCUCUUUUCUGGGCUUCGUCAGUGCUUGAAGUAUAUUUUGUGUUUCUUUAAUCGUGUUCGUGUGUGAAGACAUGACGGUGAGGAUGCUGACAGAGAAAACUGUGGCAUUUAAAAUGGCUCCUUUACAGUUUUAAUGGAUAAAA